CAAACAUUCAAGAUUUCUCUCUUUUCUGUUCCUUCAUACAAGUUUGUCAGUAGCAGUGCAGAGAUUGAGAGAGAAAAUGGAAGAAUUUGCUUCUUUAUGGAGUUAUCAAGAGAGCGUUGAUGAUUUGAAACAGAAGCUGCUAUGCACCGCUCUUGAACUUGAACAACUGAAGGUGGAAGCAAAUGAGGAAAUGAGAAAAAACAAGGAAUAUGUGAAGCAACUUAUCCAACUCUUGAAGAUGGCUUGCCAAGAAAGAGAUGAAGCAAGAGAUCAACUUCAAAAGAUGCUGAACAAAGUCAUCCCUUCAACAAAUUCAACUGAGCUCCUUUCAGGCUUGCCUCAAUUUCAACCAGAUAGUCCUCUUGUAAAGCCUGCAAAAGCAAAUUCAAGCAUAACUGAGUCAAACAGUUUCUCUGAAACACAUAACUAUCCUUCACACGGUUCAUCCCCAGGUGAAUCCUUUCUCGAUGCUGUCUCAUCCCCGGAACUCUCGAACAUCAACAUGGGUGAUUCAGGCAGCAUUGCAUUUGUGAACCAACCAUUGAUUCAAGACUGUAAGGGGAUCAUUUCCAACAACAUGCUCCCUUCAGGAAUUCCAAAAGUUGACCAUGCCUCUUUGGUGAUUGAUAAUCUUGCCCAAGGGAAAAAUUUGCCCCAGAAAGGGAAGUUCCUUAAGGCUGUCCUUGAUGCAGGGCCACUUCUUCAGAAUCUUCUUGUUGCCGGGCCACUUCCUAGGUGGCGUAAUCCUCCUCAGCUCCAGACAUUUCACAUUCCCCCGGUUUCAAUCAGAGGUUGUGAUGCUGAUAUGAUCAAUAUGAAAAGUGCUACAAAUAUGAGCCUUCUUGCUUCAAGAUCACUUACUUCACGACCUUAUGCUGAAAUGUCAUGUGCCUCUUCCCAAAUUUUGUCAUCGUCCAUGUUGAAUUUUACCAACGGCCCUAUUGGAUCCUGUCUGGGAAGUGAUAGGUUGAUAUCAGCUGGAGCAAAUGCAAACACUUAUGUUUCACUGGGUAAGAGGCAGAGGCUCUAUUGAGGAUUUGGAGGAUGCUAUCAUUCCAAUUUUGUAUAAAUGAGAUUGCUGGUGGUGUAAAUGCGAUACAAUUGAUUAGUUCGAAUGACAUAGCUUUUUAGCUUUUGAUUGA